GCGUCUUAUCCAGUUUGUUGGCCCCGCGUUUCCAGGGGAAAAAAUUGCUCCCCACACGACAACAAUAGUGAAUCAUCGCUGAGAAGUCGUCGAUGAUCCCCACAGGCUCUCAAUACGUCAAUAUCAAGCAGAAAGAGUCGCGUAAUUCGCGGAAAUGCUUGCGAGACUGGCGAUGGAGGAGGGAAAUGGUGAGACUCAGGCGUUGAAGUUGAAAAAUGUGAGGAGACGACUGUUCAAGGACGAUGAGGACGAGGCGACCACUGAGCCACAGGGGAAUGCUGAUAACGAGGCCAAUAGGUUCGUCGAGAAGGCGCGAGAAAGCUUCGAGCAAGCCAAAGAAAAAUGGAAUUUUGAUUUCGAUAAAGGUGAACCACUGCCAGGUCGCUACGAGUGGAUAAAAGCAGACGAGGACUUUCCACCCGACGAAUCGCCCCCUCCAGCCCAAGAGCCAGACGAAAACUCAACCACCACCGGAAAUGCUCAGCUCUCAGACGAGAGCACCAGAGAGACUAGUUAAUAAUUCUAUUCUCAAAAUCGAGAAUACUAAUACCUAACGAAAAUUCUCUCACUCAUUUUUUUAUUAUCAAUUUACUAUUGGACGAGACCGUUCAGUAUUUUUUACAUUUAUUUAAACCACGUGGUUGGAAAAGACUUGAAUUUGAUAUUGAUGAUGUACCUGUAGACCAUUCGAGUGAGAUGAAUCAUGUGAAAGAAUAAUUUGUGAUGGUUUUCAAAAUUAAUUAGUGAUUUUAAUAUCUAAAUUAUUAAGUGUAAAAUUUUUCUUCAAAAUUUUCGACUCUAGUCAAAUGUGAAAAACAAUAAUUAUGCCUCCCCACGAUUAAUUUAUUAUCCCUUUGUCAUAUUAAUGUAUACAAUUAAUAUAUUUACCCCCGAUUUUGUAAGCGUGAUAUUAAUCGGCUGAAUAAAAGGCCAAACGAAGAGAGUCGUAGGGCACGAAAUUCACUAAUUGUGCAAUAACGUAUGUACAAAGAACUAAUGCAAGGAAAACGAUAAUAAAUGUUGAAAAAUUUCUCUUUA